UAGUUUACAUUUACCAUAAGUAGUAUUUACAUGGGUAGCGAGCUGAACUAAUACUUCAUGUUGACCGUUUCUGGAAAAAAGGUGUUUAUUUAGCUUUCAAGGUUUGAGUUUUUCAAUACACAGUAGUUUGUUUAUGUGUGUAUUUUGGUCAGGAUUGUCUUACUGUUGUUUGAGCUAAAAAAGAUAUUGUUCUGUUCAGAGUGAUCCCAUGGCAGUGGUAUAUGCGAAGAAUAUAGAUGGAAAACUAGAGGAGUUAGGCCACACUGAGGUUAUACUGAAUAGCUUGAAUCCCACGUGGAUAGAAAAAGUUACAGUUGCAUUCCAGUUCGAGAUUGUACAGCCAUUGGUAUUUCAUGUAUAUGAUGUUGAUACCAAAUUUCACAAUAUACCUGUGAAGACACUGAAAUUGAAGGAUCAAGAUUUUCUUGGAGAGGCCACGUGUGUUCUAUCAGAGGUACUUACCAAACAAAAUCGGAGUUUAACCCUUAAUCUUUGUAGUAAAAUUGGGCAUGUGGGUUUGAGGAACUUAGGGGUACUCACCAUCCAUGCAGAGGAAACAGUUGCAUCAAGGAGGGUUGUUGAGAUGAUGCUCCAUUGUUCUUACUUGGAUAACAAGGACAUAUUUUCUAAAAGUGACCCUUUUCUAAGAAUAUCUAGAAUUGUGGAGAGUGGAGGCUCCAUUCCAAUAUGCAAGACUGAAGUAGUAAACGACAAUUUAAAUCCAAAAUGGAAACCCCUAUGCCUGAGUAUGCAGCAGUUUGGAAGUAAGGAUAACCCAUUGAUUAUCGAGUGCUUUGAUUUCAAUAGCAGUGGCAAACAUUCGCUUAUUGGUAAACUUCAAAAGUCAGUGGCCGACCUGGAAAAACUUCAAGAAGGUAAAAGUGGUGAAAAUCUUACUAUAACAUCUCAUCAUGGUCACAAGAAGGAACCUAUUCAUAAUUGCAGUAGAAUUUAUUAAAAUAUUUCAGUUUAUUCGUUUUAUUUGAAUUUGCAUUUGUUCAAUGAUUCAUCAAUAUAGGUUUUGAAGGGAGAGCUCUUUGUGGAUCAAUUUUGUGAGAAGGAACAAUACAGCUUUCUUGAUUACGUUUCUUGUGGAUUUGAGCUUAACUUUAUGGUUGCAGUUGACUUUACAGCCUCAAAUGGAAAUCCUCAGAAUCCAGAUUCUUUACACUACAUUGAUCCUUCCAGCCAGUUGAAUUCUUAUCAGAAGGCGCUUUCCUGCUUGGGGCUUCGGUGGGAAAACAUUUGAUGGAACCAUUUCACAUUGCUUCAA